AUGGACAUUUUUAUCAUCAACCUGAUCGCUGGUAAGAAGUUCCAGCACUUCAAUGCAGUCCUGGAGACCUACAUCUGCCUGAGCACAGCAGGGCUGUACGAAGGGAAGGAGGAAGCACAGUUUGAGCUUUCUAUCCAGAAGUUCUUCCAGGCGCUGAACGCAGUGAUGGGUUCCACUGUGGAGGGCUCCCACAUCCUGGCACAGCAUCUUUAUGCCAGCUUCGCAACACCCGGCGCUGAUGCUGGUGGCGCGAAGAAGGGUGGCAAGAAGAAGGGAGGCUCCUUCCAGACUGUGUCUGGACUCUUCAGGGAGAACCUGAACAAGCUGAUGUCCAACUUGAGGAGCACUCACCCUCACUUUGUGCGCUGCUUGAUCCCCAACGAGUCAAAGACUCCAGCCCUUAUGGAAAAUCAUCUGGUUAUCCACCAGCUGAGAUGUAAUGGUGUGCUGGAAGGUAUCAGAAUUUGCAGAAAGGGAUUCCCGAGCAGAAUCUUGUACGGGGACUUCAAGCAAAGAUACAAAGUGUUAAAUGCAAGUGUUAUCCCCGAGGGUCAGUUCAUGGACAACAAGAAAGCAUCAGAGAAGCUUUUGGGAUCCAUUGAUAUAAAUCACGAGGAGUAUAAAUUUGGGCACACCAAGGUCUUCUUUAAGGCUGGUCUGCUGGGUGUGCUUGAGGAGAUGAGAGAUGAAAAGUUAGCCAAACUCGUGACCAUCACACAGGCUCAGUGCCGGGGCUUCCUGAUGAGAACGGAAUUCAAAAAAAUGAUGGAAAGAAGGGAAGCUCUUUUCACCAUCCAGUACAACAUUCGCUCAUUCAUGAAUGUGAAACACUGGCCAUGGAUGAAGCUCUACUUCAAGAUCAAGCCGCUGCUGAAGAGCGCCGAGUCUGAAAAGGAAAUGGCCAACAUGAAAGAAGAAUUCGAAAAGUGCAAAGAAAAUCUGGCCAAGUCAGAAGCCAAACGCAAGGCGCUGGAGGAGAAGAUGGUUUCUGUGGUGCAGGAAAAGAACGACCUGCUGCUUCAAGUCCAGUCGGAAGGUGAAAGUCUCUGUGAUGCUGAAGAAAGAUGCGAGGGACUUAUCAAAAGCAAAAUCCAGCUCGAGGCAAAACUGAAAGAGGCAAUGGAGAGACUGGAAGACGAGGAGGAAAUGAACUCUGAGCUGACUGCCAAGAAGAGGAAACUGGAAGACGAGUGCUCCGAACUCAAGAAGGACAUUGACGACCUCGAGCUGACACUGGCCAAAGUGGAGAAGGAGAAGCACGCCACAGAAAAUAAGGUUAAAAACCUUACUGAAGAAAUGGCUACUCAGGACGAAAGCAUUGCAAAAUUAACCAAGGAAAAGAAAGCCCUCCAAGAGGCACACCAACAGACCCUUGAUGACCUGCAAGUAGAGGAGGACAAAGUCAACACUCUGACCAAAGCAAAGUCUAAGCUGGAACAACAAGUGGACGAUCUUGAAGGUUCACUGGAGCAAGAAAAGAAACUCCGUAUGGACCUUGAGAGAGCCAAGAGAAAGCUUGAGGGAGAUCUGAAACUAGCCCAGGAAUCCAUAAUGGAUCUGGAGAACGACAAGCAGCAAUCAGAUGAGAAGAUAAAGAAGAAGGACUUUGAAACAAGCCAGCUGCUGAGCAAAAUUGAGGAUGAACAAGCUGUGGGUGCUCAACUUCAAAAGAAGAUCAAGGAGCUUCAGGCGCGCAUUGAAGAGCUUGAAGAAGAAAUCGAGGCCGAACGAGCUGCUCGGGCAAAGUCUGAAAAGCAAAGAGCUGAUCUUUCCAGGGAACUUGAAGAGAUCAGUGAAAGGCUUGAGGAAGCCGGUGGUGCAACUUCAGCUCAGAUUGAAAUGAACAAGAAACGUGAAGCUGAGUUUCAGAAGCUCAGGCGUGAUCUAGAGGAGUCCACUCUGCAGCAUGAAGCUACUGCCGCUGCUCUUCGCAAAAAGCAAGCCGACAGCGUGGCUGAACUGGGAGAACAGAUCGACAACCUCCAGCGUGUGAAACAGAAGCUCGAGAAGGAAAAGAGUGAAUUGAAAAUGGAACUCGACGACCUCUCCAGCAACAUGGAAUCUGUAGCCAAGACCAAGGCUAACCUGGAGAAGAUGUGCCGUUCUCUGGAGGACCAGCACAGUGAGAUUAAGACCAAGAACGACGAGAACGUGCGUCAGAUCAAUGACAUCAGUACGCAAAAAUCACGUCUUCUGACGGAGAAUGGUGAAUUCUCUCGCCAGCUGGAAGAGAAGGAAUCUUUAAUUUCUCAGCUGACGAGGAGCAAACAGGCUUUCACUCAGCAAACUGAGGAGCUCAAGAGGCAGCUGGAGGAAGAAUCAAAGGCUAAGAAUGCCCUGGCUCACAGUGUGCAAUCUGCCCGCCAUGACUGUGACCUGCUUCGGGAGCAAUUUGAGGAGGAGCAGGAAGCCAAGGCUGAGCUGCAGCGUGCAAUGUCCAAGGCUAACAGCGAGGUGGCUCAGUGGAGAUCAAAAUACGAAACUGAUGCCAUCCAGCGCACGGAGGAGCUUGAAGAAGCAAAGAAAAAGCUGGUGCAGCGCCUUCAAGAUGCCGAGGAACACAUUGAGGCUGUGAACUCAAAGUGUGCCUCUCUGGAGAAGACCAAACUGAGGCUCCACGGUGAAGUGGAAGAUCUCAUGGUUGACAUAGAAAGAGCAAAUGCACAAGCCUCUGCUCUCGACAAGAAGCAGAGAAACUUCGACAAGGUUCUUGCUGAGUGGAAGCAAAAGUUUGAAGAAGGCCAGGCAGAGCUGGAGGCUGCACAGAAAGAGGCUCGCUCUCUCAGCACUGAGCUCUUCAAAAUGAAGAACUCCUAUGAAGAAUCUUUGGAUCACCUGGAAACCCUUAAACGGGAGAACAAGAACUUACAGCAGGAGAUCUCUGAUCUGACUGAACAGAUUGGCGAGGGUGGGAAGGCUAUUCAUGAGCUAGAGAAGGCAAAGAAGCAGAUUGAAACUGAAAAGUCAGAAAUCCAAACCGCCUUGGAGGAGGCAGAGGCUACCCUGGAGCAUGAGGAGUCCAAGAUUCUCCGUGUCCAGCUGGAGCUCAACCAGGUGAAAUCUGAGGUUGACAGAAAGAUCGCCGAGAAAGACGAGGAGCUGGAACAGCUGAAGAGAAACAGUCAGAGAGUGAUAGACCACAUGCAGAGCACUCUCGACUCUGAAGUUAGGAGCCGCAACGAUGCCCUGAGAGUGAAGAAGAAGAUGGAGGGAGAUCUGAAUGAAAUGGAAAUUCAGCUCAGUCACUCCAACCGCCAAGCAGCUGAAGCUCAGAAACAACUGAGGAACGUUCAAGGACAACUCAAGGACGCCCAACUGCACCUUGACGAUGCCGUCCGAGGACAGGAAGACAUGAAGGAACAGUUCGCCAUGGUGGAACGCAGGAACACCCUGAUGCAGGCUGAAAUUGAAGAGAUGAGGGCUGCCCUGGAACAGAUAGAGAGAGGCCGCAAAGUGGCUGAACAGGAGCUCCUUGACGCCAGCGAGCGUGUGCAGCUGCUGCACUCCCAGAACACCAGUCUCAUCAACACCAAGAAGAAGCUCGAGUCUGAUGUUAGCCAGCUGCAGAGCGAAGUAGACGACACCAUCCAGGAAGCAAGAAACGCAGAAGAAAAAGCCAAGAAAGCCAUCACUGACGCUGCCAUGAUGGCAGAGGAACUCAAGAAGGAACAGGACACCAGCUCUCACCUGGAGAGGAUGAAGAAGAACCUGGAACAGACAGUGAAGGACCUCACCCACCGUCUGGAUGAGGCUGAGCAGCUGGCCAUGAAGGGUGGAAAGAAACAGCUCCAGAAACUGGAGACCAGGGUGCGCGAGCUGGAGAACGAGCUUGAAGCCGAGCAGAGACGUGGCGUCGAUGCGGUUAAAGGAGUCCGUAAAUACGAGAGAAGAGUGAAGGAGCUCAGCUACCAGGGUGAGGAAGACAAGAAGAACGUGGCCAGGCUCCAGGAUCUGGUUGAUAAGCUGCAGCUGAAAGUCAAGGCUUACAAGAGGCAGGCUGAGGAAGCUGAGGAGCAAGCCAACACCCACCUGGCUAAGUUCAGGAAGGUGCAGCACGAGCUUGAGGAGAGUGAGGAGCGCGCUGAUAUCGCUGAAUCCCAGGUCAACAAGCUCAGGACCAAGAGCCGUGAUUUUGGAGCCAAGGGAAAGGAAGCAGAAGAAUAGAGGACUCGACGACUUGAACCAGAGAU